AUCUCCCCCCCUGUGAAGCCCUCCGCCAUUGCGCUGGGUACCAUCUUCACCCACACUGCCUCCCUGGGCAUCCUAGCCCCCGUUUUUGGUGACACCUAUCACCGCGCUCAGGCUGCCAACUCGAAGGAGGAAUUCAUCAAGUCAAAGGAAGCCGCCGGUGCCGCUGCAGCUUGGGGAAGCUCCCUUGCUGGAAGUGCCGUUCAAACCUAUGGUGUGGCUGCCUUGAUCAAUGCUACCGGUACCUUGAGCUACAAGGGUGCUGCGUAUUUGGGAACACUUAUCUUCUUUGCAACUUCCGCUCCAGGCGUUGUGAGCCAGGUCUUCUCCGAGAAGCGGCCACUUGAUACCAUUGCCGUUGGUGCUCUCUCGCGGGUGUUCGAGACUGUCGGACUCAGUUUGUUCUUGACUUGGUGGGGAACACGCACUCACCCCUUUGACUAA